AUGUCGGUGCUUCACGACCCCCUUUACAACCUUGACUGGCCGAGGUCAAACCCCAACCCUGCUCACGAAAACGCCAUCACGAAUGGGUUGAAAAGGUGGGAACAAAGCAGGGCUUCGUACGCUACAGGUCUCCCUACUCCCCCGGCAUCCAAGGCCAUGCCUGGAGUAAUAUUGGAGAACGGCUACUCUGGGUUUUCCAACCAGGCCAUUCAACACGAUGGAGCUACUCAUCGAGAAGGUUAUGGUGUCAAUUCCCAGAGAGGGCAAGCCUCUUCGAGCAACAGCACCAGCCAAUAUGCUGUCGCCCCUCCACCCAACGAUGUCAAUCCCUACAAUCCUCAUGCGGUCGACCAAAGUAAAAUAAACGCAAUCGCUCCUCAUCUGCAAAUUCCCGAGUCUGUGAAUAAGAGCAAGGGAAGCCUGGCCGAAUUUGCAGCAGAGAUCACUUGUCUAUUCUGGUUUGAGACUGCAAAAACUCUCCAGUAUGCUGAGGAUCUUCCCUUGGACAGUGUCGUCGACAGGGGCCUACUUCCAGACGCAACACCAUCAAUCGGGUUCCGAAAAUGGGUGACGACAAUAAUAAGUACCACUCAGGUGGGCAAAAACGUGAUUCUAUUAGCAUUGAUGUUCAUCUACCGCCUCAAACGGUUCAAUCCUAGCGUGAGUGGGAAACGUGGGAGCGAAUUCCGCCUUCUAACUAUUGCGUUGAUGUUGGGAAAUAAAUUCUUGGACGACAAUACCUAUACAAACAAGACAUGGGCAGAGGUUUCGGGAAUCUCAGUAACUGAAAUUCACAUUAUGGAAGUGGAAUUUCUCAGCAAUAUGCGAUAUGAUCUCUAUGCCUCGGCUAAGGAGUGGAGCCAGUGGAAGGCCAAAUUGGGAAGGUUUGGCGCUUUCUAUGACAAAGCAUCGAAACUCCCUUCGGUGGAUGAGAAUAAAAGUAUCACGGCUCCGGUUACACCAACAUCUCAAAGCUUCUCUGGCAAGUUGCCGUCGCCACCAUCGACCCAUCACAGCGUCAGCCCAUUUGCAAGCCAGGGGUCGCUAAGCAACAACUACCCUACCCUACCACAUCCCCUACCAGCGUCCUCUCAGCUGCCUAACUCACCACUGCGACAACCCAUGCUCCCCUCGUUUCAACCAGAAAGAAAAAGAAGCCGGGACUAUUCCUCAGACCUCCCCCCGGCCAAAAGGCCACAUUACUCUGGCUCUUUUUCGGGUCCAGCAAAUGGUGUCCCGAAUGCCACGCUCCAUCCUCCUAGCAAUAUUCGCAUAUCUCCAUCAACAAACAGCCACCUGGCAGAGCCGUCAGGCUUUUCAGUGUCGUUCGAUGCGCCUAGGCUUGAUGCUCCCAGAGUGCCAUCAUCGCUCGGUCUAUCUACUACACACCUUGCUCCCCUGACGGUCCCCUCGACUAGGGCGAUGUCCUCAGUCUACCCAAUCACUACUAGUGGAUAUUCCCAGCCGGUAACUCCAAUGUCUGCCAUACCUCAGAACUUGUUUCAGAACCCGAUCCCAAGCAUUGGAGAGGGUGCCAGACAACCUGCCCAUUUUCCUUCAGCACAUACUUCGCCCUCUAACGGGUAUCAAACGAGCACACCAACAUUGCCUGGAUUAUCUCCAUCCUACUUCUUGACCCAUCGAGCCUCUCCGUAUCGGCCAGUCCGCCACGUAAACACACUUCUGAUCCCUCCACCUUCAACUGCAUUACAAGGACCAGUCAGGACUGUGCCAUCCGAUCAAAUCCAUUAUCAACCAUUGAGCAAAGUCUCCACGCAGCGUCGAGUAGGACUCUUGCCGCUGAUGCCACUUGACAGUUGGCAGCACAGCAAUGCCUCUACUCCCAUUGCGCAGCACCAUAGUUUUCAUUAUUAA